AUGGGCGGCUCCCUCGAAGCCCUCCGUCGCAAGCGCUCCCUGACCCGAAUCCAUCACUCAGACUCGUCCAUCUUCAACUACAUUUACGAAGCAGGUGCCUUCAAACUGCCAACCUGGCUCCAAGUUCCCCCCGAGCUGCAAGAUUCCCACGACAAACUGCACAAAGCCGCCAUCGGCGCCCUCGCCGGCAUGCACUCCUUAAUGACCCUGCGUGAGCAGCGCUACUCCGCCAUGUGCCCGGAGACAAUGGGCCUCAUCUACCACGUGCACGCCAACUCGAUGAAACGCCUCCUUGAAUGGAAAGAAGACUGGAACCCGGCUAACUGCACCCUCGCGCCCUCACCCAAGAUCCCGCGCGACUCCAUCAAGUUCUGCGUCGACGCGCUGAGCUACUCUGGGUUCACGACCAAGUACGUCAAUGCUGUGCAGGAGUUUAUUCGCGGCCCCUAUCGCCUCUACUGUGAGAAGAAGACCCAGAUCGAGUAUCUGGCUGCCCGCCUGAUGAGCCAUGAUUCCUAUUACAUGGAGUGGCGCCGUUGGUGGGAGUCAACUUUUGCAGUGGAGAUGUGCAAGUGGGAAGGUUGUAUUGAGGGACUGGUUAUUCCAACCUGGGAGGAGAUGAUUGAUGAGGUCUCUCUGCUGAUUGUGGAUCGAGUGGAGGAUGCGGAUGAGUUGGCCAGUUCGUUCUAUGUUAGUAGCCCGAAUUCCGUUAGUCCGCUGUGA